UUAGGGCAUGUAAAACCAGUUUACAAUUUAAAAGCCAUUGUGAUACACAACGUCGUUAAAAGAAUGCUGCUAAAGUGCCAAAAGGAGCCCUUUCUGCGACAGCUCACUUCCAAAGUCGUUUCUUGUAAUGAGGUAAAGAAGGGAAAGAAAAAGCACUACGAAGUGGUGUUAGAAGACACAAUACUGUUUGCUGAAGGAGGAGGACAGCCAUGCGAUCACGGUGUUUUGAGAACAAUCCCCUCGGACGUCACUGAUGUAGAUAAACUGUCUUUGCAAAAUGUAAAAGUGGUGGACGUACAGAGACGCGAUGGUAGAGCAGUGCAUUUCACUGAUAAGAGAGUGGGUGAGGGGAGUGAGGUUAAUGUGGAAGUUAACUGGAAACGGAGAUACGAUCACAUGCAGCAGCACACAGGACAACAUUUACUAAGCGCUAUCGCGGAGCAGGAGCCAUACAAGUAUAACACUGUAUCAUGGAACUUAGGUUUAACAAUAUCACAUGUUGAGCUCAAAACACCAUCUAUAUCUGACGAGAUCAAGCUGGAAAUCGAACAGAAAGUCAACAGUUUGAUCCAAGCAGGGACACCGGUAAUAACAAAGGUUUACGAUAGUAAAGAUGAUCAAGCGUUAUCCUCCGCGCAUACCAGAGGACUACCUGCCGACCAUUCUGGGCCGGUUAGAGUUAUAGAGAUAAAAGGUGUUGACGAAAACAUGUGUUGUGGUACUCAUCUGAGCUCGCUCGCUCAACUGCAGAUGAUCAAACUGCUUCACACAGAAUCUAAGAAAGGAAACACGUUGCUCUAUUUCGUGUGUGGAGAUAGAGUGAUCAGUACCCUCCAGAUUGCGUUAGAGGUUCAACACAAACUAAACGUCUUGCUCUCGUCUCCGCCUGAAAAGUUCGCUCCCAUGGUAGAAAAGCUGAGUAAAGAUAAUCGCACAACCCGCAAGACCGCUGAGAAACUAUCAGAAGAGCUAGCCAUCCUUCACGCCGCCUCCCUCCUCCAAUCCUCGGAGCGAGUCCUCACCAUGCACCGACCAUCUCCAGACGAGAAGUACAGUCUGACUCUACAACGAGACCUACGAGACACGUGCGAGAAGAGACUUCUGCUGCUCACUAUGGGGGAGCAGGGUGGAGCUCAGUUCGUGUUUAGGGGACCUGUGGAUGUGGUGGAUAAGUUGGGCAAGGGGCUCGCGCAGAAACUUGGGGGUAAGGGAGGAGGGAGGGAUGGGAAAUUCCAGGGGAAGUUUAGUGAUCUGGCUCUUUUAGAGAGUGCUGUGCAAUAUCUUCGGGACAACUUUGAGUCAUGAACAUUCUUUGAAGAUAGCUAAUAACGUGAUCGUAGAUUUUCUAUGAUUUUCUAUGAUGAUGUUUUAUAGAUUUAGACUUAUAGGAUUUUGUUUAACUUAUUUUUAGACAGAGUUUAUAUUUAUUUAUCUUACGAGGAAUAUUUACAAUUUGCAUUGUGGUCACUUUACUUAUCCAGUAUAAAAUAUUCACAGCCCCACUCAUUCAGUUCCACAUCAUAUUGUUGUCUCAACACACGAACCCUCAUUUCUGACAAAUACCGAUCUAAAGGGUUGAAACACUGAAUUAUAUGUAGUAGUUUCACUUGCAUUCCAACAGGUGACAUUGCAUAUAUUUUCUUACGUGAAUUUACUAUGACUAGUAAACAAAACAUCCUUCGAUUUUGUAAAACCUGUUACAGUUUCCUGUGCGAUAAACGUUCUUUGACUUGAUGUGAACUUACCGUUCAUUUUUCUAAAACUGAAUCCUCGUAGGUAUGAGCCGUAUUGGGUUAUGUAGCCAAUAAUUAAAUUAUUGUCAGUUUCAUUUCAUUCUUCUGUAAUAUAAUCUAAUAAAUAACCUGAUAUUGAUCCCUCAUUUCUACAUCUGCAUGCUGCAAGGGGGACCUCAACUACAUUCCGUUACUUCAUUCCGUUACUUCAUUCCGUUACUACUACAUUCCGUUACUUCAUUCGUUGUUUCUUGGAAUCUUUUCCGGGUUUGAAUAUGUUGCAUAUAAUUUAAUUUGGUACAGGAUUUAAAUUAUUUUGCGUCUGUGGAAUCGUCACAUACAGUUUCCUUUUACUUAGGUUACCUUUGCCCGUUUCCCGUACUGGUAUUUGAUAUACAUUAUUAUUCUUGGCAAAAAACGUGUUUUUAUAGUUUAAUAAUAAUAACACCAGGAGUAUUGUCUAGAUAGAUUGCGAUAUCGCAUUACGCAUAUGCUUGUUAAUUUUUAAUGCUAUUUGCCAAUAUGCUAUUGAUAAAAGUUAUUCUGCUUG